AUGACAAUAAUAAAUCUUGGAGAACUCUGUGAAAUCUUUUCCACGAUAGUUGAUCCAGGCGAGCAAGACGAAUAUCUAGUUGAAGAAAUCCAAAAAUGGCGUGUAACAAAUAACUACACAGAACAAGAAGUCUUUGAAGCGCUUGUCGUUCGAGCCAAGGCUUCUCUAAAGAAGCAUGACCAACAACCACAGAUAUACGCAUGCGUGCUUGGUUUGUUUUAUCAUUACAGAAUCGGAACACAUUCUAAUAAGAAGAAAUCCUUCAAAUGGUACGCAAUCUCCGCCUGCUUUGGUAAUCCAUUUGGCAUGAACCAACUUGGAUGGUGCUAUUCGAUUCCGUUUGGCACUGAUCGAGAUUACGAGAAAGCGAUAUACUGGAUAAAGGAAUCGGCACACUUGGGGAAUUCUAGCGGUGCUUGUAAUCUCGCGUAUGCAUAUCGACUUGGAAUAAUGAUUGAAAGAAAUAAUGUAAAGUCGUAUUUAUGGUAUGAAUACGCGGCGAAUGCUGGAGUGUUGCAUGCACAAAUGAACAUGGCGUGUUAUCAUCGAAUCGGGUUGGGUACUUCAAAGGAUGUACAUGAAGCGUUCAAGUGGUAUCGAAAAGCGUCAAAACAUCCGAAAAGCACCCGAAAGAUG